AUGUUGCGCACCAUCCUGUUGGUGGGCUUCAUUAUAUGGCAAUCGUCAGCAAUUGAGCUCACAUUCGAAUUACCCGACAAUGCCAACCAAUGUUUCUAUGAAGAUAUUAAAGCCGGAGAAGACUGUAUGUUGGAGUUCCAAGUGGUCACUGGCGGUCAAUAUGAUGUUGAUAUGACCCUGGAGGAUCCCAAAGGAAAAGUCUUAUAUAAAGACGUUAAGAAGCAGUAUGAUAGUUACAAUUGGAAGUCAGAGGUACCAGGCACAUAUAAAGCGUGUUUCUCUAAUGAGUUCUCAACAUUUUCGCAUAAGAUUGUCUAUAUGGACUGGCAGGUAGGAUCUAACAACAAUCUUAACAAAGCAAUCACACCUGGCGGACAUGCGAUGAACGCUCUUGAGAAUUCCGCUGUUGCAAUUGCUGACAAACUGCGAGUAGUGGAUGAUUAUCAAACACAUCAUCGUUUGCGCGAAGCCACAGGUAGAAAGAGAGCUGAACAGCUGAAUGAGCGUGUACUGCUAUGGAGUUUAGGGCAAACAUCGCUAAUUGUCCUUAUCGGUAUUGCUCAGGUCAUGCUGCUUCGGUCGUUCUUUUCGGAUAAGAGGUCGAGGUAUUAG